CCAAAGGAUUACCAGUGGUUACAUAAAUUAACAGUUCGAGUAAUAAUCAUAUGGAUUGCACUGGUUUGUUUCUUGGAUACAUUGGACAUUUUUUUAUUGAAUUACGGCUAUUUUAGCAUUACUCACAUAUUUAUUCCGUUCGUGGGAAAUUAUAUAGACCAUAUCAAUGUCCUCGGUUGUGCAAUGUGGGGAAUUAUUCUAAGAUAUAUAGGCUCCAGAUUCCAGCUAAUUAAUGAGCACCUUGAAAGUCUGGUAAAAAACGACAUAAAGUAUACAAAACGAGAAAAUUUAAUUUUAAAUGAAGAAUAUCAGAAAUCUCAACGAAGAACAAAAGCUAACAAAAUCAAGAAACGUAGGAAAUCUAUGUGGAUUAUAAUGCACGUUCAUCUGCAGCUAUGUCUCAUAUCACGCGACUUGAACAAAAUAUUCAGUGUACAGAUGACGUUACAAAUAACGACUAUGUUUAUAUUUGUCGUACUAGAAUGUUGCAUGAUUUAUACAGCAUUAUUAAGAAGUGGAACUACACUCAUACAUACUUUAGAUAACUUGAUUGUUUGUUUUUGGUUUAUCCAACGUAACAUAAUAUUUCUCAUAUUAAAUUAUGUCUGUCAGAUUGUCUGUGAAAAGGCGAAUAAAGCAAUUGUAAUUCUUUACCAAUUAUCCAAUAGCAGUCCCGACAAAGUCUUACGUGAGCAAGUUCUACAAUUUAUAUUACAAAUAAAACAGAGAAAAGUCCAGUUUUCUGGUAUGGGGCUUUUUUACCUUGGUAACAAUUUUAUUCGUCAGUUCUACACAGCAGUCGCAACUGUCGUGGUGAUUAUACUACAGAUGAAUCUUAUGUAUGAUGAACUUUUAUGUAUAUAACUGUAUUGGAAAAACUGUUUAGUCGAUUUUGAACAAUACAGACAGAUUCUGUUGAAUCUAUCAAAAUCUGGUUGCAUUAAUAGGAUUAAUAUAG